UAGCGGACGUGGUUAGUGGCAGAUCAAGCAAGAUCUGUAGCUGCUCAACAUCGCCGUCUCCGUUUGGAAGUCGAGUUUUGACAAAAGACGUGGCAAUAGAAUUACAUCAUGUGCGGAAUCUUUGCAUACCUGAACUACCUGACCCCGAAGACCCGGCGGGAGAUCCUGGAGCUGUUGGUGAACGGGCUGAAGAGACUCGAGUACCGCGGCUAUGACUCCGCCGGGGUGGCGCUCGACUCCCCGGACGGCAAGGACAUGGCCAUCGUCAAGAAGAGCGGCAAGGUGAAGGCCCUCGAGGACGAGAUCUUCUCCAAAGAAAAAACGUUGGACUUCGAUUCUUCCACUGACUGCCAUGUGGGAAUUGCUCACACCCGUUGGGCUACUCAUGGUGUUCCCAGUGAGAUAAAUUCUCAUCCUCAGCGAUCUGAUGUCAACCACAGCUUUGUUGUAGUCCAUAAUGGAAUUGUGACAAACUAUAAGGAUGUAAAACUCUUUCUGGAGAAGAAAGGAUUUCGCUUUGAAUCAGAUACCGAUACUGAAGUUAUAGCUAAAUUGGUGUUGCAUUUAUAUACUCAGCAUCCUACGUAUUCUUUCCGGGAAUUAGUGGAGCAAGAAGGGGCUUUUGCUUUGUGCUUCAAGAGUAAGCAUUUUCCUGGUGAAUGUGUAGCAACAAGGCGGGGUAGCCCUCUUUUGGUGGGUAUUAAGGCCAAGACUCGUCUUGCCACUGAUCAUGUGCCCAUUUUGUACAGCAAAGAUCACCGUCCUCAUGGCAGGGGUGAGAUACCAAUCUUACCUCGUUCAGACUCUACAGCAGAGUUUCAACCUUUGGAAGACAAGGAGGUGGAGUAUUUCUUUGCUUCAGAUGCUAGUGCUGUUAUUGAACACACCAACAGAGUGAUUUUCCUUGAGGAUGAUGAUGUUGCUGCUGUUAAGGAAGGUUCUUUGAGUAUUCACAGACUUCGACGAACUUUGGAUGAAUCUCACUCUCGUGAAAUUAUUACCCUGAAGAUGGAAAUUCAGCAGAUUAUGAAAGGUAAUUACAGCUAUUUUAUGCAGAAGGAAAUUUUUGAACAACCUGAGUCUGUUGUGAAUACAAUGCGAGGUCGUCUUAAUUUUGAAACUGGUUCUGUUGUACUUGGAGGCAUUAAGGAUUACAUUCCUGAAAUUCGACGGUGUCGUCGACUGAUGUUGAUUGGUUGUGGAACAAGUUAUCAUAGUGCGAUUGCAACUCGGCAGUUAUUGGAAGAAUUGACUGAAUUACCUGUAAUGGUGGAGUUGGCAUCCGAUUUUUUGGAUCGUAAUACUCCAGUCUUUAGGGACGACGUUUGUUUCUUUAUUUCACAAUCUGGUGAAACAGCAGAUACUCUCAUGGCCCUACGAUAUUGCAAGAAUCGUGGAGCCCUUAUUGUUGGUAUUACAAACACUGUAGGCAGCUCCAUUUGCAGAGAAUCGCAUUGUGGUGUGCACAUUAAUGCCGGCCCAGAAAUAGGUGUUGCUUCCACCAAAGCCUACACUUCGCAGUUUAUUUCUCUUGUCUUAUUUGCUCUUGUGUUGAGCGAAGACAGAAUUUCUCUUCAGUCUCGCAGAGCCGAGAUAAUCAAAGGUCUGGAGAAUCUUCAAGAGCAGAUUCGUGAAGUCCUGAAACUAGAUGAUGAAGUACUGGCAUUGGCUAAAGAUUUGUAUCAGCAUAAGUCUCUCUUGAUCAUGGGUCGUGGAUUUAAUUUUGCUACAUGCUUAGAGGGUGCAUUGAAAGUCAAGGAACUGACAUACAUGCAUAGUGAAGGCAUUAUGGCUGGAGAACUUAAACAUGGACCACUGGCUCUUGUUGACAAAAAUAUGCCUGUUCUCAUGAUUAUCAUGAGAGAUCCUGUAUAUGUUAAAUGCAUGAAUGCUGUCCAGCAAGUCACAGCUCGUGAAGGUCGACCUAUUGUAAUCUGUGAGAAAGGUGAUACAGAAACCCAAAGUUAUGCAUUCAAGAGUCUUGAAAUACCUCGUACUGUGGAUUGUCUGCAGGGAAUAUUGACUGUAAUCCCGAUGCAGCUGUUGUCAUAUCACAUUGCUGUACUCAGAGGAUGCAAUGUUGAUUGUCCAAGGAAUUUGGCUAAAUCUGUCACUGUUGAAUAAAAUUUUGGAUGAAUUUGUUAAUGUAUUAAAUUCUCUUAAUUAUUCUGCUCUACUCUACGAAGAAAUGAAAUCCUUAUUCAAGAGAAUGAAAAAAGACUUUUGUUGGAAACCUAAACAUCUUUAGGAUGCUGCACAUAUCUCUUGAAAAUUACAUUUAAAUGAGUAAUUUGCAGAAAUUUGUAUUUUAAAAGUUAUUUUACCUCGAGAACAUUUCUUUUAUACAAAUUAUUAUUUAAAAAUCCAAAAAUACAUGCAUUUAAUUCCAAAGCAUGUAUGUAUUCAUUCCCUUUUAAAUUCCAUUAUUUAAUAAUGGAAUUGAUUUUUUGUGUGUGAAUAGCAAUGUUUUUAUAUCAAUGAAAGUAUGAAUGUAGUAUAAUAUAUUUGUGGAAAUGUAUAUAUGUAUGGAUGUGUAGAUUGUUUCUAUGAGAAAAGAAAGAUGAACAAUUAUGAUUCUACGUACAUUUAGAAAUUUUAUAAUGUAAAGAAUACUUUAUGAUAAGUGGAAUUCAUGUUAAAAAAAAAGAAGAAAAAAAAUUAAGAGAAUUUAUUUUAAAAACUAAAUCUAAUACUGAUAAUAGAGACAAUUAAUUAAACAGGGACAUUCAAAAUAUAAGGAAUUGAUCAUUUUUCUCUUUUGAAUGUAAAGAAAUGACUAAUUGUAAUUUUGCUAAGUAUUGAAAAUGAUCAAGGAGUAAAUUUAUAAGUUAAGUUCUGAAGUGCAAUGAAUUGCAGAUCAGUUGGUUAUAUGAAUGAUUUAUACAAAAAUAAUGGAUAUAUUUGAUUUUGUAUUUUAAAACAUCUUAAGAAUCUAAUGCAUAUUUACAAUUUAUAAGCAUUGGUUGCUUGAAUAUUACUUUUAAAUUGCAUUUAAUGCAUGAAAAUUAAUUUGUUGUGUAUCAGUGAAUACUUAAUUCAUGCUUGGCAAAAAAGUAUAUUUUCAAUGCCAUUGUUUGACCAAAAAACUGUUAUUUAUUUCACUUCUCAAAUCCCUAAUCUGGCUACAUCUGGAGAAAGACAAGUGUGAUUUUGCAGAUACCUGGUAGUUUCAAAGUGACCAUAUAUGUUGAUACAGUUCAUGACAAAGAAACUUAGAUGGACAAUAAAUGACUUUGUUUAUAGAAUAUUACACUGUGUUUCUUGACCAAAAAUUGAAACGUGAAAAAUCAAAUGAAAAUUCUUGUUCAACUAAAAUAUUAUAAAUGUUUUUAUUGUAUGAAUAGUUGAUAAAAUUAUUAAUUCAUUUUUGCUGACAAUAAAAAAUAAAUUUGUUUUUAAAAUUACAUGUCAAGAAUUAAAUGUAAAUAAUGUUUAAAGUAACUAAGAUAUUUAUAGUUAUUUUGGGAAGGUGAAGAUUGGUGAAUUAAUUGUUAUUUUGUGGGAAUAAAUUUAAAAUAAGAUGCGAGUAUAAAACUGUUUUUUUUUUUAAUAGUGUUGUUUGCAACCAUCUUCAUUUACUUCAGUAGGUUACUUAAUAUUUCACAAAUAAGUUUUUGUAUUACUGUGUCUGCUUUUGGAGCUAUUUUAAUUUUGUUACUGGUACAGUUUUGGGAAAUGCCUCUUUUCUUGCUGCUUUGUUAUGGUAAAGAAAUCUGUAAAUCUAUUUUAAAGAUUUUUAUUGUCACUCACAAUAUAGUGACAUUCCAGAUGCAAUUGAGAUGAAAUAAAUUUUUUGGCAUUUUUA